AAAGAAAACAAAAAAAAAAACACUCGUCUAAUCCCCCACUCGUCCUCUUCGUUUCCGGCGGAGCUCUCCCAUCCCCAGACCGGAGCCGCGCCGGGAACCCUCAUCCGCCGUCCUACCUCCCUCCACGAGAUCGAGAUUCUUCUUCGCCAUCCCCGUCUCUUGCCACCUACAAACGUUUCUUGGCGACUGGAGAGGAGGGAGGGAGGGAGAUGGAGGUCACGCAUUCGCGCGGGCGGCGGCGUUUCCCGGGAAGGCAAAGCACCUGCGGCGGCGCGGCCGGCUGGCUAGGCGGGAAGACGCAGGAAGGCCACCUUCCAUGAUUCCUUCUAGGAAAUUUAUCGACUCCAUAGUGAAAGAAGGCAGCAGCAGCAAUGAAGAUAUUGUCGAAGAGGAGGGCAUUGACCAGCAUGUUUUGCCUGCAGCAGCACCACUUCUCGAGGGCGUUACCAUAGCGGGUGACACCGCACUACAUGUGGUCGCCAGCCAUGGGGACGAUGAACAAUUCUUCAAGUGUGCUGAUAUCAUCUACAAUAGGGCCAAGCACCUCCUGUUUGCCAAGAACAACAAGGGUGACACGCCCUUGCAUUGUGCUGUCCGUGCUGGAAAAUCCAGAAUGGUCUCUCAUCUCAUUGGCCUAGCUACAAGUGAGGAUGAUGGCCAGGACACUGAUCAUAGGAAGCACAAACUGUUGAGGGAGGUGAAUGGCCUUCAGGAGACGGCCUUGCACGACGCUGUCCAUAUUGGAGAUGAGAAGAUGGUCAAGAAGCUAAUGGAGCUUGAUCCUGAACUGGCUAAUUAUCCUAAAGACCAUGGUGUUUCACCAUUAUACCUAGCCAUCUUUUUGUGCAUGUACAGAAUUACAGAAACAUUACAUCGCCAGAGUAACGGGAAUCUCUCAUAUUCUGGACCUAAUGGACAAAAUGUGUUGCAUAUUGCAGUUCUUCGACUCACAGGGAUGACAAAACUGGUAUUAGAAUGGAACAAGAGCCUUACGAUACAGAGGGAUGGAGAUGGAAGUACACCUCUUCACUUCGUUUCGUCGUUGUAUGUUCCUAGAGGUUGGCAUCGGCGUCUUCAUCUUGAUCAGACAACCCCUUGGUUUCGUUUUUCCCGGCGUCCCACGCUUUUGAUGUCGACACUCAUAGAAGUAUUCAAAGCGAACCCUGCAGCAUUGUGUCAAGCAGACAACAAGGGACUUUCCCCCAUACAUGUCGCUGCCUCUGUAGGUUCGACAAGUAUCAUAGAAUAUUUCCUUGCAAAGUGUCCCAACAGUGCUGGACUCUGUGAUGCUAAAGGAAGGACAUUUCUUCAUGUUGCCGUUGAGAAAGAAAUGUUGAAGAUUGUGAAGUUUGUUUGCCAAACUUCAUCUUUAGAUUGGAUUUUGAAUAUGCAAGACAAUGACGGGAACACAGCGCUGCACUUAGCAAUCCAGGUUGGGAACUUAAGGAUAUUCUAUACUCUAUUAGGAAAUCAAAAAGUGCAGUUAAUUUUACCAAAUAACUGCUGGGAAACUCCCUAUGAUGUAUCCAAAAGUAAGCUUCUACAUGGAAUGGGAUAUCAUAUGAACUCCGAGGACCAAAUAUGGGAAGCCUUGCGGUUCGUUGGUGCUGCCUACAUUACCCUUCACCGGGAUAAAAGUAAUGAAAAGUAUAGUCGCCUUCUAAUACCAGAGGAGAUAGACAGAGAAUCAGAGAAGGUGAAAGAUGCAACACAAAUGUUUUCCGUUGGUUCAGUUCUGAUAGCAACAGUGACGUUUGGGGCAACUUUUGCCCUCCCUGGAGGUUACAGAGCAGAUGAUCACACGAAUGGAGGCACGCCGACACUUGCUGGCACCUUUGCAUUUGACGCAUUCAUGAUGGCCAAUACAUUAGCUUUCAUUUGCUCCUCGAUAGCUACCAUUGGCUUCAUGUUCUCUGGGACUUCCUUGGUUAGCUUGAACACCCGCCAAUUCAACUUGAACAUAUCGGUGUUUUCCAUGGCAAGUUCCGUUACAAGCAUGUCAGCUGCUUUUACACUGGGUGUGUAUAUGGUGCUAGCUCCGGUUGCUCAUAAAACUGCAGUUGCAGUCUGUGUUAUUGUUCCACUUGGAGGGCUAUAUACAUAUGAGGAGUUUUUAGUCAAACUGAUUCUUCUAGCCCGUCCGUUAUGUGUUAGGAAUGGAUUAUUCCCAGGAAUGGUAUGGAUAAUGCGUCAGAUCUUUGGAAUGGCAUUGCAUGCUCUCUGGCCCUUCGUGGUUAUCUUUGGUUGGGCUGCAUUCGCAAGGACCCACCACUAAUGUGAAGAACAAGAUGUCUGUGGUAUGAUGCUCGCAGGUCGCAGAGCUAGUGGGUACCAGGUUCAGGCUUUCUUUGCACGUACUGUACAUCAUCACAAUUGUGGCCGCUGCUUGCUUGCUCCCAACUUGUGUUACUACAAAUUAAAGUACUCCUUCCGUCCAACAAAAGAUGUUUCAACUUUGACUAAAUUUGAAUGCAUCUAUAUACUAAGUCAUGUCUAGAUACAUUCAAAUUUUGACAAACUUGAGACAUCUUUUGUUGUACGGAGGAAGUAUUUGGUUUGUUGUGCUGGUUUGUACCACUAUUGAGUUUGCUGUUCAUAAUAAGUGUGUGCUUGUACAGAACUCGUGUUAUGGAAGUACUAUUUGGGUUGUUCCUUGUGCUGGUUUGUAACAUUAUUUUAUUAUACUCCCUCCGUCUCAUAUUAAGUGACUCAAAUUUGUGCAAAUAUGGAUGUAUCCCUAAAAAGCGUCUAGAUACAUAUAUAGAAAGUCACUUAAUAUGGGACGGAGGGAGUAAGACCGGUUGGAUUUAUAACAAGCGUGUAUGUGUCCAGAUGUCUGGACUUUAAUGUUACAAGCCUCUACUUAUUUCGUAA